GGUUUAAAAAUAUCCCUAAGCUGCCUUUGAAACUAAACGUUGGAGUUGAAUAAAAGUGAAUCUGGAUUUCCUGAAUAGCACCGUGGCUUGAGUGUGCUGUCAGUAUGUAAGCCAGUCCACCAACUUAAGACAGAAGUGUUGCUAUUCCAUAAAUACAGUAGAACUCCAUAUGCUGAGUUUUUCAAUUUCUUCUGUUAGAAAGUUUGGAAAAAAAGGGAGACUUUGAAGUAUUUUGUUUAUACUAACAGAAGAGAAAAGUUCUCCUAAGAAAAAGCUGGUGGCAGGAGUGUAGAGGAGUAGCAUAUGGCAUUAAAAGGAGCACAGCUGGAGGUAGCAUUUCCAUCUGAACAUGAUGUCAGAGCAGCUGACAGCCUGCCAUCCCUCAGCCUUUUAUUCUAACACACAGACAGGGAGUUAGUGUGUGCGGAUCUGUGGUGGAGAAGGUAUCUCAUUCCUCUCUAACAUCAUCUCCACUUUGCAUCUGUCUCUUAGUCUGCUUUUUUUCCACCGAUGUAACAGACCUGGAGCCAGCAAGACUCAGAGGAAAGGACUUAAUCAGGUUUAUGUGUCCUAAAGGGCUUUUGUUGUUUUAACACUCUGACUUUAAAAGUUAUGAAGACAGUAUGGAGUUUCCAGACCAUAGUAGACAUUUGCUGCAGUGUCUGAGCGAGCAGAGACAUCAGGGUUUUCUUUGUGACUGCACUGUUCUGGUGGGAGAUGCCCAGUUCCGAGCGCACCGAGCUGUACUGGCUUCAUGCAGCAUGUAUUUCCACCUCUUUUACAAGGACCAGCUGGACAAAAGAGACAUUGUUCAUCUGAACAGCGACAUUGUUACAGCCCCAGCCUUCGCUCUCCUGCUUGAAUUCAUGUAUGAAGGGAAACUCCAGUUCAAAGACUUGCCCAUUGAAGACGUGCUAGCAGCUGCCAGUUAUCUCCACAUGUAUGACAUUGUCAAAGUCUGCAAAAAGAAGCUGAAAGAGAAAGCCACCACAGAGGCAGACAGCACCAAAAAGGAAGAAGAUGCUUCAAGUUGUUCGGACAAAGUCGAGAGUCUCUCUGAUGGCAGCAGCCACAUGGCAGGCGAUUUGCCCAGUGAUGAAGAUGAAGGGGAAGAUGAAAAAUUGAACAUCUUGCCUAGCAAAAGGGACUUGGCGGCCGAGCCUGGGAACAUGUGGAUGCGAUUGCCCUCGGACUCAGCAGGCAUCCCCCAGGCUGGCGGAGAGGCAGAGCCACACGCCACAGCAGCUGGAAAAACAGUAGCCAGCCCCUGCAGCUCAACAGAGUCUUUGUCCCAGAGGUCUGUCACCUCCGUGAGGGAUUCGGCAGAUGUUGACUGUGUGCUGGACCUGUCUGUCAAGUCCAGCCUUUCAGGAGUUGAAAAUCUGAACAGCUCUUAUUUCUCUUCACAGGACGUGCUGAGAAGCAACCUGGUGCAGGUGAAGGUGGAGAAAGAGGCUUCCUGUGAUGAGAGUGAUGUUGGCACUAAUGACUAUGACAUGGAACAUAGCACUGUGAAAGAGAGUGUGAGCACUAAUAACAGGGUACAGUAUGAGCCUGCCCAUCUGGCUCCGCUGAGGGAAGACUCGGUCCUGAGGGAGCUGGAGCGGGAGGACAAAGGCAGCGACGACGAGAUGAUGACCCCCGAGAGCGAGCGGGUCCAGGUGGAGGGCGGCAUGGAGAGCGGUCUGCUGCCCUACGUCUCCAACAUCCUGAGCCCGGCGGGCCAGAUCUUCAUGUGCCCCCUGUGCAACAAGGUCUUCCCCAGCCCGCACAUCCUGCAGAUCCACCUGAGCACGCACUUCCGCGAGCAGGACGGCCUGCGCAGCAAGCCGGCCGCCGACGUCAACGUGCCCACCUGCUCUCUGUGCGGGAAGACGUUCUCCUGCAUGUACACCCUGAAGCGCCACGAGAGGACUCACUCGGGUGAGAAGCCCUACACGUGCACCCAGUGCGGCAAGAGCUUCCAGUACUCGCACAACCUGAGCCGCCACGCCGUGGUGCACACGCGCGAAAAGCCGCACGCCUGCAAGUGGUGCGAGCGCAGGUUCACGCAGUCCGGGGACCUGUACCGGCACAUCCGCAAGUUCCACUGUGAGUUGGUGAACUCCUUGUCCGUCAAAAGCGAGGCGCUGAGCCUGCCCGCUGUCAGAGACUGGACCUUAGAAGAUAGCUCUCAAGAACUCUGGAAAUAAUUUUAUAUAUAUAUAUAAAUAAUAUAUAUAUACCUAUAUAUAAAUAGAUCUCUAUAUAGUUGUGGUACGGUCUAAAAGCAGUCUUGUUUCCUGGAACUGAAAGGUUGGGGUAUUAACUUGUUUUUGCACUUUAGAAUAGCAUGAGAAUCUCACUAAUUUAGCAUUCUGGUAAAAGAAACUUUAGAGCAAGUCGGAGAAUAGAGAGGUGUUUUUCUUUCUUUCAAGGGGGGUAGGGGAAGUAAGCCAAUAAGAACCUUUGAAACAAAUCGUCCUAUCACAAAAUGCUUUCCUAGGGCCUAUUUUGUCAGCACUGCGGUGUCUUUUGAGCUCUCUCUUUUUUUCCCACCUUUUCUUUUUUUUUAAGUAGAAAUUCCCUCCGGUUUCAUUAGCCUCUUUAUAUGUCUCAAAUUGCAUGAAUCUUUUCUGGCUGUUGGAAACCUGAAUGCUUUUAGACCCAAAUGGAAAAUUUCUGAAAUGCUGGAUUAUCUAUUUUUAAACAAGCAGUUGACUUAAAACUUUCUGUGGCAACUUCUGGUUUUCUGACGGUUCCCAAUGAGAGAAAUUCUGAAAGUACACUGGGAUCACUGGGACGCUGUCUUUGUGAAGGUUUGCUUGGGAUGAAAAAGGAUAUUGCAGCUUCAGCAGUGUUGAACUGUGUGUUGAAAAAUGUGAAUUACUGUUAUUGUAUACUGUAAUUGAUUACAUGGGCUGGGGGGGUGUCAAAGGACUUGACAGGUUGUGUUGAUGCUCUUAGUUGAGUCUUGAAAAGUAAAUAUUAACGCUACAGAAAUGCAUGAGUUUCAAUAUAUUUUUUGUCUUUGUUUGCAUUGUAUAACUUUAACGAGUGAGUUUAAAAUUAUUUAAUUUCCUUAGAAAAAUAGCACCAUUUGGAAAAAAAAAACCUGGUGUUAUGAAGAACGUUAAUGCACUGUUUUUAUUUUAUAUAAUUUAAAUUGACUUUCCCACUGUCUUUAAGUUGAAACUGUUAAGCUGAAUAAAAACUUAAGCUGCAAAUUGAUAACUUCGCUACAUAACAAGGAAAAUAUAAAUGUUUACAAAAGGCUUAAAGAUUUGCAUGUGCAGUGUGCAUUUUAUAACAAAACUUCUAAUUGCACAAAACCCAGGCCAGCUCAAAGUUUAGAUGUACACAUUUACCCAGUUGAGCGUUUUUAGAGUAACUACUGCACAAAUUGACAAUAGGUCAUUCUCUUCUUUUGCUCCCCUUUUCUUUUUCUCCCCUUCUUCCUUUCCCUCCCUUCCUCCUUCCCUCCCGCCCCUCCCCCAUC